AUGAGUGGCAAUGAUCUACUCCCUCUCUGGAUCGGGACGCCUCAGCGAGGGGUGACGCAUGACGAUACGGCGGAUCCGUACACGUCCAAGGUCGGUGGCCAGGCUGUGUACUUCCGCCUUGGUGCGAGCACAGCGGAACAGCAAUCUGCUGGCGCGCUGAGCAAGUACUUUCAAUGCCCUCAGUGUAAGUCCACUGCCCAAGUCUCGCUUCUGUGCCAGGUGUACGCCCCCCUCGAGGUCUACGAUCGAGUGCUGUACAUUCUCACGUGUGCCGCCUGUACGCGUAGGCCAAGAGCAGCCGCCUCUUUACAAGGAAGUGUACCAGCGCCUGCACUGACCACUGGCACCAGCAAAAAGAGCGGCCUUGCUGCUGCUGCACGGUCCCACACCAGUUUCUGCUUUGCCCUGCGGAGCCAGAACUUCAGCCGCGAGCACUUUGCCGAGUUGCAGAAACAGCUUCGCGCGGAGGCUCAGAGGGCGACCGAGGAUGAGAAGGAAAAGGCGGAGAACGAUGCACCGCUCUUUGGUGGCGGUGACGACGACUGGGGAGACGACGCAGACGACUGGGGCACGGAGGAGGGGCCGGUAAAGGAGGCAAAACCGUCACCGGCGGAGCCCCUCGACGACGCCGGCGACAAAAACGGUGCACUAGAGAAGACACCGAACGAACUGCCCGAAUUUCCGUUGGCGUCGCGUGGUAUGACCGUACCCCUGAAAGGCACUUUGUACACGAGUGGCCUUCCGCUUGAUCUGUAUGAAGAGCCUCCGCCAAAACAGACGAAAGAGCUCUCGAUUGAGGAGCAACUGGCUGCUGCGAAGUCCAUGUACGGCAGCUCUGCAGCACUGGACACGAGUGGCUUUGAGGAAGACGAUGAGGCUCCUGAAGAGAGGUGCGUGCGUGAGUACAUGGAGCAUAUGGAGCGGACCCCAUCCCAGUGUGUGCGAUGGUGCCUCGGCGGCACUCCACUACGAACGUCCACAACACCAAUCGGUGUGAACGGGAGCUCUCUACCGCCGCCGUGCCCCGCGUGUGGCGCGGUGCGCCAGUUUGAGAUGCAGCUUACGGCCCCUGUUGUCUUCUACCUCACUAAGGACAUCGGCGAAGCCAAGAACACGGCGCUGCACUUCAGCAAUGUUCUCGUGUAUACUUGCAGCAGCAACUGCUACAACACCAACUCUAACCUUCCCUACCUGCCGGAGUACGUUGUGGUGGAGGAUGAGCUAUAA